CGCGGCGCACACAGGAGAGUUGUAUUGUUCUUUGCCCAACCCCUAGGAAUGUUCAUUUUGAAUCUACAAACAUGAAGAAUGUCCUUCACUGGUUAGCACCAGAAGGUACAGGAGAUGGAGUACUCUACAGUGUGAAAUAUUCAGUAUAUGGUGUUGGCAAAUGGAUUAGGAAGCCAGAAUGCAGGAAUAUCAGUACAACAUGGUGUGACCUCUCCAGUGAGACUGCUGACCAUGAAGAGCAAUACUACGCGAGUGUGAAAGCCUUCCUAAAUGGGAAGUGCUCUAACUGGAUAGAGACAACACGAUUUAACCCUCUUACAGACAUUUUUAUUUUUCUAGCUAAAAUUGGCCCACCUAUGGUAAAUGUGUCUUCUACCGAGAAAUCUAUUUCAAUCACACUGACUGUUCCUGAGAAGUGGAGAAGUCCUGAUGGAGAAUCUAUAUCUCUGCUUCAAGUAUAUCCUGGUCUGCAAUACAACGUGUCUGUCCUCAAGAAAAAGACAAAGAAACGAUGGUUCUUCUCCAUCAGCAACAGCACCUUGGUUGUGCCCCGGUUAGAACCUGGAACAGCUUACUGUGUCAGUGCGCAGAUCCAUGUCACUACACCACUUCUACACAGUGGGUUUUCUAAAGAACACUGCAUUUCUACUUUGAAAGAUAAAACAACAGAUGAGACUAUAACAGUUGUAUUUGGAUACAUUCUGCCUAUUCUGCUAGCUGUCCUUUUCACUUCAGUGGCAUGCUGCUGUGUGCACAAGUACAUUCACGUCAGCAAACAGAAGCAUCCAACAAGCCUGGUAUGGCACUAUACUGAUAAAUGCAAGGAAAAGGUUUUUAUACCUUGUGAAAAAAUAGUGGUCAACCUUAUCACAGUUAACGUGGAUGAGUACAAACCGUCUCAGGAAUCCAUUCAUCCAUCAGAAAUGAAAAGCCCCCAUUAUUAUACUGUUUACAGUGGCACUGAAGGGAGAGAUUUGUCUCCAAAAGAAGUGCCGGAAAUAAAAUACUUGCUGGAUAUUUCUCAUGAAGAGAUUUCAGAAGAAGAGAACAUUUUAGCUGAGGGGGACAAAACCGGAACAAAAAAUGACCAGCCUGGAACAAAGAAUACUUUGAGACAAAAAAACGGAGGGAGUGUAGAGUAUGAACUCGGCGUAAGGGCCGAAGACUUCAGUCCCGGCCAAAACCUAGAAGAACUCGGUCUGAAAGAGAAGACUUCUGCACCUGGGGGACUAGGUGAGCCACAGACUGCUUUGGGAAACUUAGUUAAUUUUAAUACAGGAAAGGCAUAUUGCCCCCAACUGGAGGUGAGGGCAACAGACCCUUCUUUGGGACAGGAAUUAGAGGAGCUUAAACUGAAGAUGGCUGAUGCAGUGGAUGAACUGCUAGGUAAGACCUGUAUCAACUUGGUGGACUCGGAUGAUGAAAAAUCUGGGCAGACGUCUUAUCAUCGGCUGGGAAAAAUAGCACACGGUGUCACAGAGAAUGAGGGCGAACAGACCAUACUGGUGGACUGGGACCCACACACUGGCAGAUUGUAUAUUCCUACUUGGUUCAGUGUUGAAAAUGAGGUGUGUAAAGGAGUAUUUAAGUGUGAUGUCCCUAACAAAGAAGGAAUUUUGUCCAGACUGUAUGAGAAACAGGUAUCUGAAGAAUCGUCUGAGGACCAAGAAAUGUAUCUGCAGCAAUUUCAGGAACAAUGGGGACUGCAUGUAGAAAUGGAAGACUGAACAGAGAUUUUCUAGAAUACUGUAAACCACAAAAUCCCGUUUACUUUGCCAAAGAGAAUGCUGGACUCAGCGGAGCAAACAUAUCUUAACAUAUUGGAAGUUUUUAGAACCGUCACAGUUGAACAACUUAUUCAUGAUACUUAUUACAACUUCCAGGCAUGGUAUUGGAGAUUUCAACUCCCAUUAUAGACCUCUCUGGUAAAAUAUAAUGGUUGUGAGAUUACCUUCUUUUAAAAAAUAAAAAUAAAUCUCUGUAAAGAGGGUGCUGUUAGAGUUUUCAUAUUGUAAUUGCUACUAAAGCAAAAUAUUUUGGUUUGAAAGCUGUUAUUUUUAGCAAUAAAAAGCAACAAUAUGAUA